AUGGUGCGUGAACAUGGCAGUCUGAUGAAGGAUGCCGAGACGAAUCAGGCGGCGUGGGAGGCGGCGAAGGGUGCGGCGUAUGGUGGUGUUAAGUGGGGUGCCUUUUUCGCAGUAGCAGGGGGUGUCGCAUAUGCCUUCUCGCCGUUAUAUCGAGGACUCACAGUACAGUUCAAGACGUACAUACAAAUGUCCGCCAUGGUCUUUGGCGGCAUGAUCGAAGCGGACAGCAGAAUGGUCAAAUAUCAGCUAGCAGUACGGCAACAGAAGAAGCUGCAAACAGACAUGGCAGCGUGGCGAGCAUAUGAGAAGGAGUUUGAAGAGCAUGGGACGCCUGGUGUGGCAUCUGAGAGCAACGUAGCCAGAAAGUGA